GACUCGACCCAGCUAUUCCGACCGAACAUCGACUUCUCAUGCUCAUCAUCAGCCGCUUUCAUACUCAAGCUAGAACGAUGUGCAGUGUAUUGUGUUGAAGUGUUCGUGGUGACAUGGCGUCCGUUUAUUAAGCGCUGUACAAGUUUAUACUUAAAAAAAAUUGUUUAUUUACAAUGCGUGUGAAUUAUGAUCGUGUUUGUAGACUGUGCUUGUCAUCUCGAGGCGAAUUACUGCCGAUAUUUCCUACCACCAGUUCGGAUGACUCGGAACCUUCUGGCCUCGCAUCAAAAAUCAGGGAUUGCGUGUCUGUAGAGAUAAACGAAGAUGACGACCUGCCAACUAAUGUUUGCAGAAAAUGCUGUGACAAUGUCAAUAACUGGCACAUUUUUAAGGAUAUAUGUGAAAGGUCACAAAACAAACUACAGAGACUCAUUAAAAAUGAUGGCAGCCAACUAGAAGAGGUGCAAAUUAAAAAUGAACCUUUAUCUGAUGAGGCUUAUGAUGAUGGAGUGGUUAUUGAAGGAUCAUACCCUGACCUUGAGUGUGCAUCUACAUCAAGCAAAGUACAAGCUGAAGGCCCUCCUAUCUUGGCUUCGCUGGGUCUCACACCGAGGAGUGAUAAGGGGAUGGAGAGCGAAAAUAACGAGGAGGAAGAUGAAGAAAUGAACGAAGACGAGAUGAAUGGUACCGCUCAACAAUAUCCUAGCAUGCCAGCUAUGCCUGAGGUCUCCAUCACUGUGAUGCGUCCCACAGGAGAGACCCUGCACGCUCGACAAGGGAUACAACAACUCGCUUCGAAGGAGUGCCUCGUGUGCGGCCGAUCUUACAGAUAUUCACAUAACGCCAGACGACAUGAACUUAAUGCUCACAGUUUUGACAGAUACACUAACAAAGUAACCGCCAAGAAAUCUCACAAUACGCACAUGCAGCCAAAACUUAGACCCAAUCCGUUCAAUCCUAAAGCGAGGCUCAUGCCUAAUCCUAUUAGUCAUAAAAUGCAGUUGAUCCCUAAAGGUAUUAAUGCAAAAAUCAUACAGAAUAAAGCUCUUGCCCCACCAAAACCUAUACCAGUUAAAACACCAAAGGGAACCCAAAAUAAUUUGCCGUACCCACUUCGUAUUAAGGCUUUAAAAGACUUACAAAUAAAGAAAAAGGAACCACAAAUCCUUAAGACUUUGUUGACAACGAAACCUGAAGUUUUGGUAUCGGAACCGGAAAUUCUUAAUUCUGGUCCAGAAAGUCCUGAGACUUUGAUAUCUGAACCAGAAAUAGCUUCGUUUCAAGUAGAGACUAUACUUUCAGAACCGGAUACUUAUAUACCUCAAGAUGAUGACGAUGUCGAUGGUGAAAUGCAAAAUAAUCAAGGUCAAAAUUAUGAUACCGUUGACAUGGAUUCCGAAAAUGAGAUUGAGAUAGCUCGUCAAAAAGAAAAUGCUGGCGAAGAUGAAGGGGAUGGUGAAGGUGAAGGCGACGGUGAUGGUGAAAGCGGUGGUGGUGGUGAUCAUCUGGUUAUAAACGAAGGGGAAGAAGGUAACGAAAUGGAUAAUGAUGAUGAAAAUAACAUGGAAAGACAACAAAGCGACAAUGAAAAUGACCAAGCAGACGACAAUGUCGAUAGCCAAGAUGGGUUACAAGUCGGCAACGAGAACGAUGGCAGAGAAGAAGAUGACGAGAAUGGACAUGAAACCAAAGAAGGCGAUGAAGGAAAUUAUGAAAGAGACGAUGAACAGGUGGAGUACAAUCAAGACGAUGAUGAUGAGGAACUGCCUCCUAUAGCCCCCGUUGUCGAAAUCAACGAAGAUAUGCAAACAAAUUCGUACAACAGUGAAGGAAACGACGAGGAUCUCGACGAAACGGCCGACCCUAACGACACAGCAGAGGACGUCAAAGAACUUGAUCCCGAUAAACUAUAUGUGACAAAGACGCAGAGAGAUUUUAUACUGAAAUAUCGCGAUAUAAUCGAACAAAUUAAUACAAAAAGAUGUCUCUGUUGCGAUAGGGAACAUCCCCGCCGCAAAGCUGUCAUACAACAUUUGCAGAAAAAUGGACACAAAGUCCCCAAACAUACCUGUUACAACUGCGUUGUUACAUUUGGACAUAUCGGCGCUCUGCUCAGUCACAUGCGCUCCAAUACUUGCACAGAUCUAUGGAAGAUCAUUUACAAUGAAAAUGGUAUCACCGAAGAUUUAGUUCUGGAGGAUGAACCUAAAGAUACCAAAGUAGCAUAUAAAGACAUAUUCAAUGCUAGAUCUUAUGCUUGCAAAUUGUGUCCUGCUAAAUUUCAAUUGAAACAGUUUAUAAUGAAACACGUGUUGGACGUACAUGAAGAUGGCCAGUCUCGGGUGCAGCUCGUCUGUGUUCACUGCAAUUCCAGAUUCAAAGAUAAGGCGUUGUGGAAGAGGCACAUACGCAACGGAGAAUGCACCGUUUAUAUUUCAUGCGAUUUGUGUUCAGAAAGAUUUGGCAACAUGCAACAUUUCAACGACCACGCAUUAGCAGUACACGCCGGAAACUUCGACCAAUCUGAUAAUCAGAACAAAUGUGUCGACGGACGACCGACCGAUUGUCCCGUUUGCGGGAAGAAGAACAGUAGCUACCCAAAUUUAGUUAAACAUUUAAAGAUUAUUCACAACGAGGAGAAACCUCAUUACUGCCAGCACUGUGAUUCCAAAUUUGAGCAAGCCGCUGAUCUAAACAAACACAUCUAUAUGGAGCAUUCUGAUAGAACAUUGGGCGUGCAGAGCAACGAGCCCGACAUGUCUCUCGUGAAGGAGGAAGCCGAGGAAUACCACUACUCUUGCACAGAAUGUAACGCCAUAUUCGAAACCGUCGACGCUUGGACGGAUCAUCAGGUGGCCGAACAUAAUCAAGUCGCUCACCAUUGCGACCAAUGCGAUAAGAAAUUCUUAAGACCGUCGGAACUCGCCGAGCACAAAAAUACGCAUUUGAGAGUUAAAUUUUAUCCUUGCAACAUUUGCUCCAAUUCGUACAGCACGCCCCAAAAGCUUUCUGAACAUGUUCAGCAAAACCAUCCUGGAGCCGCGGGAGCGUACGCGCCCGUGGACUAUGACUUUUUCUGUGACAUAUGUAUCAGAUCGUUCAAGAGUCGCCAGGCCUACUCGAACCAUAUGCGCAUACAUGCUAAAGUCCCCACCACCAAUAGAAAACCCGGGGAACCGAAGGGAUUCGCUCCGCAAAUUGUCGGCAAGCCGAUUAGAUCCUUCUCGAUGGUACAACCUAAUUUUCUUUCUUUCAAACCUAAUUGUAACGUUCCGAAUGCGCCUUACUCUUGUGAUAUCUGUGGAAAAGGGUUCAUGCACAAGAAAAAUAUUUGGAAGCACAAGAAAGUACUGCAUGCGGACACCGCGGACCGAAACGACAGUGAAGAAAAUACCAUGCAGGCCUCCACCGAAGAGGACGAAUUCAAUUUAGACGAGAAUGGUGUUGUCCUUUCGACACCGCAAUUCAAUAGCUUUAAUUUUACUAAUUUAGCAAACAACCUGCAGCAACAGGCCGCACAGACCCCACAGGAAGCCGCGCCUUAUUCCUGCGAAUUAUGCUUCAAACGGUUUCCACUUAGGACAAGUUUAUGGAAACACAAACGCGCCAAACACGGAAUCAUCAACGCCAGCGCCAGCGGCAGCUCCGAUUCACCAAUAAUGGCCGGAGAAGGCGGCAGAUCGAGUUGUACUAUUUGUAAAAUUACUUUUUCAGACAAAAAAUCUUACUAUCGUCACAGAAAGAACGUUCACAAAUCGUCUGCCCAAAUGUGCAAAAUAUGCGGAAAACCAUUGAAUUCAACGUUAGAAUUAUAUGAGCAUCUCAAGGCUGCCCACGCCAGAGAGUUGCUUGGAUAUAACGCGAGUCAAGGUCCCACUAAACAGGAGGGUACCCAAGAAUUGGAAGGGGAAUAUGACGGUGAUCAGGACUCGGUCGACCCCAGCGCGGAAUAUCAGGCCCGCUAUCCGUGUGACCAAUGUGGCAAACAAUUCGUCGGAUUGCUCGCGUUACAGAACCACCAAUGUGUAAACCAACUACAAUCAUCUCCUCAGACCUUCGACUGUGAAAUAUGCCACAAGAGUUACACCUCUAUUUCUGCGCUAAAGAGCCAUCGCGGGUGGCAUUUGCGUUCUCCGGACGGCAAAGCUGCCGCCAACAAUUCGGGUCUAUGGAUGCCUCAGCAUAAGGUCACCAGCAAAGUUAGCAAACACGAAGUGGUCGAUCCCUCGCAGCUCGCGCGCGUCUCCCACUCGACGCCGACGCCCGCCAGCGUCGCCAAGAGGAGACUACCACCGGAAGUCGAGGUCACCGUCGUAAAUCCCAACAAGAAAUUGCGUUCCGACGAUUCGGUGGAAUUGGAACAACAGAACAAUUCCUCCACCGGAGCCGACGAUAGGUACUGCAACAUAUGCGACAAAGAGUUCACCAAGCGAGCGGCCUACCAGCGGCACAUGGACGAGGUGCACCAGCCCAACUCCGUGUUCUGUCCCGUUUGCGAGAAGAGUUUUACGCGCAAGUCGACAUUGAUCGUCCACAUGAAGAAACAUUACGGCGGCGAGGGCAGCUCCUCCGCCGCGGACCAGAACGAAGACGACGGCCUCGCAUGCGACAUUUGCGGGGCGCAGUGCGAUAACGAGAACGCUUUAAGAGCCCACCGAGCCAUGCACCACGGUGAUGAUUCAGGAGAGUCUGAAGAUGAGGGCAGCAGUGCGCCGCCUCCGGGCGAGUUCACAUGCGGGCAGUGCGGAGACGGCGUGGCGACGCCGCGCGACCUGAUCGCGCACCGCACCAUGCACGCCACGCCAACCAAGUUCUACUGUAACAUCUGCAAGGUGUACUUCGCGCGUGCAAUCGACCUGUCCUCACACACGCGCGCGCGACACUCAGACAACGAGAAGGUGUUCUUCCCGUGCGCGAUGUGCGACAGGUUCUAUAUGAAUAAGAAGAGUUUGCAGCGACACAUAGAGAUGGCGCACUGACCGUCAGCCCGGCACACGGCUCGCCGACCACCUCCGGCACCUACGGCGAAAUACCACUAAUUCCUGUAGAGCGGACAUUAAAGUGAGUCAACUGAUACCAUAAAACUUUCCGUAGUUGUAAAUAUUUAUAGAUUACGCAAUCUUUGCAUCUAUUUCGAUGAUAAAACAGUGUAACUGUCUGAAAG